AUGAAUCCUUACAUACUUUGCUUCAUUUUAUUUCUACAAAUUUAUCCGAAAUUGAGCCAAACACUUGAAAAUAAUGGUAAUAAAUUGGGCGACGUUUUAAAAAAUCACACAAAAUCGAUCUAUAAUUCUACAAAAAAUCAAGAUGAAGAGGAAAAUGUUUUGAAGCAAGAGACGCAUAAACUAUUGUCGGAAUGUGGUGUCGAGAGUGAUAACAGCUACGAUGAUGAUGACUCUUAUGGCAACAGAAGAGAAAAUAAGAGAAGAGGUAACAAUUACGAUAAUUUGAAUAACCGGAGAAGACCAAAUAAACGUUACAAUGGCAAUGAGAGUAACAAUUAUAACCGUUACGGUAACCCUAAUCGCGGCAAUAAUGGUUACUCUGGUGACGACGACGAAAAUAACUCGAACGAAAGCACCAAUCGUAAUGGCAACAGACGUAACAAUGGUAACCGUAAUCGUUAUAAUAAUGAAAACUAUAGUGACGAGGAGAACUCAAACGAGUCAAAUCAAAGUAACCAGAAGAGAUAUAACCGGACAAUGUCAAAUACUGGUUAUUACUAUGGCGACGGUGGUUACCAUAACGAAUGUAAUAAUAACCAUGGUUAUCGUAAUCAAUGGCGCCCGUUUGGUGGUAAUGCCGGUUACGAUUAUAGUAACAUGAGACGUGGUUAUGGCAGAAAUUUUGAUAUGACUUUGAGAGCAAAGAGGUCCAAUAAUGAUAAUGACGACUCACAGUGUGUGAGUCAGUGUGUUUUCGGCUAUUUGGAAGUGUUGGAUGAUAAUAGAGUACCAUCCGAAACGUUGGUCAUUAAAUGGCUGCAGGACCACUUAUCGAAUGAUAUGAAGCGGAUCCGAGCACUUCGUGAGGCUCGCAGAUGUUUCGCAAGAUUGUCCACUUCAGAUACCGAGGAUGGUUGUGAGUUUUCGCAGUCGUUGUCCAAAUGUCUAAAUUUAGAACUUGAAUGAUAAUGUGUGCACAGUUCGAUAAUAAAUUUAAAUAAUUCCCGCA